UGGGCAAUAUUCUUCUAAUGUUUUUGGAAUUUGUGUGAGGUGGGUUUUCUUCGGGGGGAAGAGAGAGAUGUCAACCUCAAAGAUAGUAGAGAGGAAGGCGGAUGGGAUAGUAGCAGUGGCUAUAGACAAAGACAAGGGAAGCCAAUACGCUUUGAAAUGGGCAGUCGACCACCUUUUGAGCAAAGGCCAGACCGUCACCCUCGUCCACGUCACCCAAAGAUUGCCACCUGUCCCUAACCCAGCGGGCAGCAAUGGGAACGACGAUUCUUCAUCGCCUCAGAAGAAAGAGAUUUUCCUCCCCUUUCGUUGUUUUUGCACGCGAAAAGACAUACAUUGCAAUGAUGUCUUACUUGAAGAAAGCGAUGUGGCGAAGGGAAUAAUUGAAUAUGUUACACAAUGUGGGAUUGAUACUCUUGUCGUUGGCGCUUGCACUCGCGGUGGCUUCCUUAGAAGAUUCAAGACAAUAGACAUUCCAACCACCGUGACCAAAGGGGCCCCAGAUUUCUGCACCGUCUAUGUCAUUUCAAAAGGGAAGAUCACGUCCGUCCGAUCUGCCGUCCGGGCAGCGCCGAGUUCAGGCAUUCGCAAUCAGAUCCAAAACCAAUCAAGCCUCAGAACAGAGCCGGUGGAGAUGCCAGUGGUGAAUGGUUCAAGAGGUGAUGCAACGCCAUCUCGGAGCUCGUAUGAGGAAAUAGAUUCAAUCAGAUCUCCUUUCACGAGGUCAACGGUGAGCUCGACUAUCAAACCAUAUGGAGAGCUCUCAUCUGACGCCGACAUAUCAUUCGUGAGCUCCGGUAGGCCGAGCAUUGACCGCGGUAGGCCGAGUACCGAACGCCCGUACUACGAUCACUUCGAUUCAAGUCGUAUUCCAACGCUAUCGAAUGGCGGUGAUAUGACGGACCGGAGCUUCGAGUAUAUGCGAUCGCCAUUCAGAGGCAACUCCUUCGAACAGUCGACCACUUCUCAGGACAGCGGCAGCAAUUCAUGGUCAUCAAAUUCACAUAUGAUGGAUGACGUGGAAGCUGAGAUGAAGAGGCUGAAACUAGAACUCAAACAGACAAUGGAUAUGUACAGCACUGCUUGUAAAGAAGCCCUUACUGCAAAACAAAAGGCGAGAGAGCUUCACCGAUGGAAAAUGGAGGAAGAGCAGAAGUUAGAAGAGGCGCGGAUGGCGGAGGAAGCAGCACUGGCGAUAGCGGAGAAAGAAAAGGCGAAAUGCAAGAUGGCGAUCGAGGCGGCGGAGGCUGCGCAGAGGAUAGCGGAGCUGGAAGCGCAGAAGAGAAUAAAUGCAGAGAUGAAGGCAGUGAAGGAAUCAGAGGAGAAGAAGAAGGCGUUGGAUGCUCUUGCGAACACCGACAUCAGAUACCGCAAGUACACGAUUGAAGAGAUCGAAGCCGCCACCGAGUUCUUCCACGAAUCAAGGAAGAUCGGCGAAGGCGGGUAUGGCCCGGUUUACAGAUGCUACUUGGAUCACACGCCAGUCGCCAUUAAAGUCCUGCGGCCCGACGCCGCCCAAGGCCGGUCUCAGUUCCAACAAGAGGUGGAAGUGCUGAGCUGCAUCCGGCAUCCGAACAUGGUCCUCCUCCUCGGAGCCUGCCCCGAGUACGGCUGCCUAGUCUACGAAUACAUGGCGAACGGCAGCCUAGAUGACCGCCUCUUCCGUCGAGGCAACACGCCCGUCAUCCCAUGGCAGCUGCGGUUCCGGAUCGCCGCCGAGAUCGGUACCGCCCUCCUCUUCCUACACCAGACCAAACCAGAGCCUCUGGUCCACCGCGACCUUAAACCGGCUAACAUCCUCCUCGACCGGAAUUACGUCAGCAAGAUCAGUGACGUAGGCCUGGCUCGCCUAGUACCGCCCACCGUCGCCGACAGUGUCACCCAAUACCGAAUGACGUCGACGGCAGGGACGUUCUGCUACAUCGAUCCCGAGUACCAGCAGACAGGAAUGCUGGGGAUAAAGUCGGAUAUAUACUCGCUUGGGAUAAUGCUAUUGCAGAUAAUAACAGCAAAGCCGCCGAUGGGGCUCACACAUCAUGUGGACCGUUCAAUUGAGAAAGGGACGUUCAGAGAAAUGCUGGACCCUGCCGUUACAGACUGGCCGGUCGAGGAAGCGUUGGUUUUCGCUAAGCUUUCUUUAAAGUGUUCAGAGCUGAGGAGAAAGGACCGGCCGGACCUCAGCAGCGUCAUAUUGCCGGAGCUCAACAGAUUGAGAAGACUUGCCGAUGAGAGCAUGCAUUAUAAUACUGUGAAGAUGGGAGGGAGUGUGGGACCCUCCUCCAACCAAAGCCUCCAGCAGCAGGAGGUGAUGAGUGAUCCUCACAAUGCAUUCUAUGUAUCCGAGAGCUCGAGGACCCGCUCGAGCGGAUCAUUGACCGGAAGGCGAUCGAGCGUGACCUAAGAGAAGACAUGGCGAUAACACUGACAAGGCUUACAUUUUUUCUCUCAUUUUUUCUCAAAAUUAUGGCUGCGUUUGGAUGCUCAAUUGAAUUAAAUUGCAAUCACUCAAAAUCCAAUAAAAGUGUAAAGACCAUAGUGGGCUAACCAACUCCAUUCACAGUGAGAACUGGGUCCCAGAUCGCAAUUGCGCGGAAUUGCAAUCCAGGCCCGUUUGGUGUUAGGAACUAAAAUUGUGCCACCCCCACUUAGUUAAUUUUUCUCUCGGUAACGAAUUGAGGAAAUCGCGAUCAAGUUCAAUAGAGCAUCCAAACGUUGAUGCAUGAAAGCUUGUAUUGAGGAAUGAUAUGAGUUUAUUUUUUCUCAAUCCAUGAUUAGACACGAGAGCCAGAGGCGGAGAUGAAGUCAGUUUUCUCUCGAUAUGUAACCAAAUGAGUAAUCUGGAGUAGUUGAGUUUUCAAUUUCUUUUUAUUCUGUUUUGGAACAAAAAUAAGAUUUCAGCAUGCUAGUGGGACACUUUCCUUUGAUAGAACAAGUAUAUACACCAGAGAAUCCGUGUAUUGUAGUACUUCUGUAUGUAAGAA